AUGGCAUCAACUUCUUGUGCUAAGCAGAGUCCACUGCCUGCGAAAGAACCAGUUAUGAACUAUGUUCAAUAUCCAGCACCUGGGGCCACAUAUGAGGAUGUUGUAGUUAGUCCUAAGCUUUUUAUGGAAACUUUGGAGAAGUUUCAUGCAGCCAUGGGAACCAAGUUCAUGAUCCCUAUAAUAGGGGGUAAUGAACUGAACUUGCAUCAACUUUUUGUGGAGGUAACAUCUCGUGGUGGUAUUGAGAAGAUUAUUAGAGAAAGAAGAUGGAAAGAAGUGACUGCUGUUUUCAACUUUCCAUCAACUGCCACAAAUGCAUCUUUUGUUCUGCGCAAGUAUUAUUGUUCCUUGCUUCAACAUUAUGAACAGCUUUACUACUUUAAAGCUCGGAGCUGGAGCCCUAACUCUCCUGGUGAGUUCACUGAAAAACCCUUCUUCAAUACUUGGUUUGGGAUGUUCAUGUUUAACACCGUACAACUUUUUGUAGUUCCUUUGCAAAGUCCAUUGAUAUCUCAAUGUCCAGCUCAAGUGACUGUGCAACCGUCGCCAGAAUACCAAGCUGCUGCAGUCAAGCAAAAAACCGCAAACAUUGCAGAGUUGCAUGGAGGAAAUGAUUCAGAAAAAUUGGUUGAAGAAUCUGCUAUUUUUUGUGAGAAAGUAGAAGAAUAG